AUGUUGUGUGUCAUUUUAUUUAUUCUGACAGCUCUUCCUGUCGUACAAGGCGGAUGUAACAAACACAAGGAUUGUUUGUCAUGUGCAAGUUCAAGUAUCUUCUUUGUUAAAUGUCGCUGGUGUGAAAUGUCCGGCACCUGUCAUUCGCCGGGGUCAACAGCUAACCUGUGUACAACAUGUAGUAACAGUGACAUUUCAAAACUGUGCAGCGUCACAGAACCCGACAAGUGUGGAAAGAAUAACCAGAACGGAACCAAGAGCGGAGAAUUUGAACCUUACGAAGCUUACAAUGCGGCACUAUUCUCAGCUGUUGCUUACACAGACGAUCCUGUUCGCUGUGCAAACACUAUUUUCCCAGCUGGAGAACUUGAAAUUGUCGAGAUAAUAGGACGUAAAUGUAAUUAUCUCUUCAAAUACAAGGAAUGUUUCGCAAUUGCAGCUGUGUCUCAUACAAUGAAGAAGAUCAUCCUUGCCUACCGCGGAACAACAAGUAAAGCACAACUUAUUGAAGAAUUUGCAACAGUUCUUGGUAGAUUUAAAGUAUCUGCUAAAGUUGGUGGUAAUGUUCAAGAAUAUUUCAGUAAUGCAAAUGAUCAAAUUUAUUCAUGUGCCAAGUCUAGCAUAAAAGACUUAGUUAACAAGUAUCCAAAUUACAGAGUAGUUGUGACUGGACAUUCUUUGGGUGGAGCUAUUGCAUCUAUAGCAUCAGCUCAGCUGUCGUUUGACAACAUAAUUGACAAGGACAAAACAACACUUUACACGUUUGGAAUGCCGAGAACUGGAGAUCGUCCCUACGCCAAGAACCAUGAUAGACUUGUCCCAAAAAGCUGGCGGAUCGUGCAUUUUAAAGAUAUUGUGCCAAAGCUACCUACGCUGACCGCUUUAUCUAGCAGCCCUUAUCAUCACCAACGAGAGAUCUUCUAUGGAAAGGACAUGGGGAUGAUCAGUGACUUUAUUGAAUGUUUUGAGUAUGAAGAUGAAAAAUGCGGGAGAAGUGUGUCGGCGUCAACAUCCUCCGUAAAUUAUCACAGAACCUAUUAUGGGAUACAUGUCGGAUCACAUUGUGACGACAGGAUGAAUAAACGGUCCGACGGAGAUUCAGACAUGAGCCAUCUUUUUUCAAAUGAUACCUGCAAACGGAUCAAAGUUUCCGAGUUGCCAACAAGUGGUGCUCUUAGAUAUGUGCAGAGAGUGAUGAGUAUCAUAUCUGUAUCGCUGUUCUGUGUAACAUUCCGACCUGUGCAGUAUUAA